AUGCCUGCGUCCCCGGGCCCAUCGCCACUCUCAUCGCCCCGCAAGCUGCAACGACGCCCCACCGCGAAGGAAACUCUGAACACGAAACUGAUCACCCACCUCCAAACCAUCGAGGUCUCCGAGAAAGCGCCUGCGGUGGGAGCUCCCAAGCCACAAUUCGAAUCGCGAAGGAGAGUGCUAGCAUCCGAUAUGCGCACUACGCCUUUUCCCGCUUCGCCCUUCGUACAAACCCUCGCAUGGAACGUCUUCUUGACCCCAGAGCAAGCGUAUAGCCUAGUCAUGGGCUUUCGCCCGAAGGAAACAGAAGACAAAUGGUUCAUAUACUCCCAAGGCCCCGAUCACUCCGGAAAGCUUAAAGUGCACUUUCAUCGUAGCUGGACGGGUAUGAAGAUCGCUGAGCUCUUCGUCUUGAUCGAUCUGAAAGGAGAAGGCGCUGGCAAGAUUGUUGGCAUCAAGUGGGAUGGCUCGGACCAGACCAAUGGGUUGGAACAAGAGGAAGUGAAGUACAUGGUGUCAACGGCAUGCGCAUUCGUGCUUGGCGUCAAGCUGGAUAAUGGGGUUUUAUGA